CACUCACAGGAGGAAGACGUGUUAACUCUUGGUCCUUCAAGAAACGUCACAGCUUCGAAGACAGUCCGGUAUCGACAGAGAAGGAUUUUAUUUUAUAAAAUUCUAAAGUGUUUCGACCCACGCGGAAAAUCCAAUUUUUGAGACACAAGAUGUUGCUGGGAGUGGCCAUUCUAGCGGCGGCGAUCGUAUCCUUCCCCCCAGCGGCACGGGCGGAGGCGAACGUGGGCGUCCCCAUUUACACGCCCACACUGACCGCCUUGCCACCGACUCUGGGCGUGUUGCAGGAAGCGAUCCAGCACGAGGCCCGUCACUUCAGCACCGUGGAUAUCUGUGGCGAGGCCGUUUGUGACCAGAUGGUGAGGCAGGCGAACGGACUCGCGAGACUCAAGACCAUCAGGAGAUAUAUCGUGGAAGCUAUUAGCAUGAUGGACAGCCUGGUGACCGCGCUGGACGCAGAGCUGGUGGUCGCAGGGGAGACAAUGACGAGGGCGCUGGGAAACAGGUGUCGCGCCGCCCACGCCGUUCUCAACGAGGUCACAAAGGGCCCCGCCGAGAAGGAUCGUCUGAACGGCAGGAGCAGCGCCUUCAUCUACGGCCAAGAUGUCUUCUCUCGCCGCUCCUGAAAAUCCUCGAGGAGAGAUAUCCUGAGGAACCACGUGUAUGACCAUAACAAAACAAACAGUCAAACAAAAACAUGUAUUUAUGUUCUUAUCGAGGCACCUUUUUUAUUUCCUUGUGAGAUUGCUUGUUUUAUUUAAUGUAUCUUUAGUCUUUUUUUUUGUUUGUUUCAAAUGAAUGCGUAAUUUCAUGUAGGGGUUAAGAAUACCUGUUGGGAUGUGGGUCUGAGUGUUAUUGAAAGUCCCGGAUUUGAGUAGCUAGGUUACUAAGGGUAGAAAAGCUACAGUGUCUUUGUUUGCCAGUCUUUUUUAUGUCCUUUAUUUUUAUCUUUAAUUGUUUUAUUUCUACUUUUUUCCUCUUUCUCUCUGUCUUUCCCUCUCAAGUCGGUCUGUCUGUUUGUUAUAUUUUGUUUCUGGAUGUCUCCUCUCUCUCUCUCUCUCUCUCUCUUUCUUUCUUGCUAUAUGUUAAUAGCCUCAGGAUACACCUUACGACCUUAAAGCAUGGCAUUUAAUCGCUUAAUCACGUGAUCAUCGUAAUCAUUUUAACAUUUACCAAGUUAGAACAUAGUAUUUGGUUAUUUGAGGCAAGCGCGUCCGAAUGCGUUCUUAGACCAGUUACCAGACAUUACGUUUGUUAAAUGUUUUAUUAUUUAAUAUUUCAUAUGCAGUAUACGUGUCGAUAUGUUUGCGUUAAUGCCCUCUAUGUCAUGAUUGCAAUGGUUUAACGUGAACCUGUCGAUGCUUGCGUUAUAGAUGAAAAUUUAGGUUAACAAACAAUUUGAUAAUCGCCUUUUCGGACAGUUGGUCUGAGAACACAUUGGACGCGCAUACUCUUUGCGUAGUAUGUUUGAGAGAGAGAGAGAGAGAGAGAGAGAGAGAGAGAGAGAGAGAGAGAGAGAGAGAGAGAGAGAGAG